AUGCGUUCCAAACUAACAUUGUUGUCGCUGCUGCUGCUGGGCUGCUGUAGUCUGGCUCUGGCUCAGUAUGAAUAUCAAGCGCCGGCGCAAAGCUACGAGGAGCUGCUGAACUCGGUGGAUGCGCAGGCAGAGCUAAGAGCGCGUCCCUCGCGUGGCAAGCAGCGCGCUCAGUGCAGCACCAAAGCCAACUGCUUCUGCGGCACUCCCAACACCAAUCGCAUUGUGGGCGGUCAGGUGGUGCGCUCGAACAAAUAUCCUUGGACCGCUCAGCUGAUCAAGGGCCGUCACUAUCCACGUCUCUUCUGCGGCGGCUCGCUCAUCAACGAUCGCUAUGUGCUGACCGCUGCUCAUUGCGUUCACGGCAAUCGCGAUCCCAUUACAGUGCGUCUGCUGCAAGUGGACAGAUCCUCUGGUGAUCCCGGCAUUGUGCGCAAGGUGGUGCAAACCAUUAUACACCCAAGCUACGAUUCCAAUCGCAUUGUCAAUGAUGUCGCGCUGCUGCGUCUGGAGUCGCCCGUGCCCUUGACCAACAACAUGCGUCCCGUUUGUCUGCCCGAGCCCAAUCACAACUUUGAUGGCAAAACCGCCACCGUUGCUGGCUGGGGUUUGGUCAAGGAGGGCGGCGUCACCAGCAACUAUUUGCAGGAGGUCAGCGUGCCCGUCAUUUCGAAUCAGCAGUGCCGCGCCACUCGCUACAAGGACAAGAUCGUUGAGGUUAUGCUCUGCGCCGGUCUGGUCAAGACCGGCGGCAAGGAUGCCUGCCAGGGCGACAGUGGCGGUCCUUUGAUUGUCAACGAGGGACGCUAUAAGCUCGCUGGCGUCGUCAGCUUUGGCUACGGCUGUGCUCAGGCCAAUGCUCCAGGUGUCUAUGCGCGUGUUAGCAAGUUCUUGGAUUGGAUCAAGCGGAACUCCGCCGAUGGUUGCUACUGUCAGUCUUAG